CGACAUGCGGGACUCAUGCCCAUCAACCUGCUUCUCCACAAACACGUGUCGCCUUAGUCUAAAAUUUAGACUCUAAAUUUACUGUAGAGAAUAUAUAACAAUUUGUUAUUAACAAAUAAAUAAUAAUAAGCUCAUCCUGUUACAAUAAGAAUAAAAAGAAAUAUAAUAAGAUAACAUUGCAUUUGUGCACAAUGAAAUCCUGCAGUACCAACGAUAUCAAAGUGUAUAACUUGUCCGCUGGGAAGUCUCUACCAGAUUGGAUCUCUGAACGAAAACGUCGAAAUCUGCAAAAGUCUGAUGUCGGAAUCCGUCGCCGGAUAGAACUUAUCCAAGAUUUUGACAUGCCUGGUGUCUCUUCCAACAUCCGCGUAUCUCCUGAUGGUGAAUACAUCCUUGCCACUGGAAUUUACAAACCGAGAGUCAGAUGCUAUGACGUGGCCAAUUUGUCCAUGAAAUUCGAACGUUGCUUUGACUCUGAAGUUGUCCGUUUCAUCACCUUAUCGCCCGAUUACUCCAAAUUGGUCUUUCUCCAAACAGAUCGCUACGUAGAACUCCACGCACAAUUUGGGCGUUACUUUAGACUAAGAAUACCUAAGGCUGGGAGGGACUUGGCAUUCCACACCCCUUCUUGCGAUCUUCUCCUCGGUGGCGCCUCAUCCUCCGUAUACAGACUCAACCUGGAGUUGGGACGAUUCAUGACUCCGUGGGAGACGGGGGCGAGAGGAGUUAAUCGCAUUGAAGUGAAUCCAGUCCAUCAUCUCGUCCUUUUGGGAACUGAGGAUGGGUGCAUCGAGGCUUGGGAUCCUAGAGCCGGAGCGGCACAGGCGAAAUUGGAUGUUGCUUUGGAUGUGAUGUCCAACGAAGAUGUAGAUAUGGUAGGAGGAGGAGGAGGUGGCGUCCCUUCAAUCACAUCGCUCAAGUUUAAGGAUGGACUCAAGCUGGGCGUGGGAACGGGAACGGGUCAGGUCCUGUUGUAUGAUAUUAGAUCAUCUAAGCCUCUCCUUGUGAAGGAUCACAUGUAUGGGCUACCCAUCAACGGGGUUGAAUUUCAUCCUGGUGAAGAUCUCGUUUUGUCGAUGGAUUCUAAAAUCGUCAAGAUUUGGAAGGAGGAGAGUGGAGAACCAUGGACGUCGGUGGAGGGAGAGGCACAGUUUAAUGAUCUCUGCUUAGUUCCAGGUACUGGGAUGUUCUUUGUGGCUAAUGAGGACAAGAAAAUGCUCGUAUAUUACAUUCCGUCCAUGGGUCCUGCUCCACGUUGGUGUUCCUUCCUUGACAGUUUAACUGAAGAACUAGAGGAGUCUGAUGUCCUCGCGGUGUACGAUGACUACAAGUUUGUAACAGCUAAGGAGCUGGACGAAAUUGGAUUGAGCCAUCUCGUCGGGACAAAUCUUGUUCGGGCAUAUAUGCACGGCCACUUUAUGGACAUGCGACUCUAUAGAAAAGCGAAAUCUGUGGCACAACCCUUCCAAUUUGAUGAUUUUAAAAAGAGAAAAAUACAAGAGAGACUUCAGGCUCAGAGAGCAAAUCGUGGCGUCAAAUUAAAUACAUUGCCAAAAGUGAAUAAAGAAUUGGCCAUAAAGUGGAUGAAUGCACAACAACAGCUUCAACAACAGUCGACGAGCAAGAAGGGGGCCACAUCCAGUCUGUUGCAGGACGAUAGAUUUGGGGCAAUUUUUAAGAACCCAGACUUUGAGAUCGACAAGGAUGCCAACGAGUUUAGAUUACUUAAUCCCGUUUUGUCAAAGAUGGACAAGAAAAAGACCCAAAAAUUGGAGACUGUGUUCAAAGCGGUUGAUACAGAGGAAAUCGAGGACGAACCGGAAGGACACGGCAGCUCAGAUGAUGAUGACGAUGAUGAUUUACUCCAAUCAAGUAGUGAUGACAAUGAUGACCAUGACUUGAAUGUAUUAGCAGCAUCCAGUAGUAAAAACAAGAGGGGACAACAGAAACAUAAAAAGACGUCUGCAACCCCAGCAGGGCCUAAAUUCUACGAGCUCAAGAGUGGCGAGGACUUUAAAUUGUCAGAUCUGAACUCUUCUGAUUCAGUCCCAAUUAGAGCUAGACAGAAAUCUAGAACAACAAGUUUGGGAGAUCGCUUGGCAAAGGACGACACUUCAGAAAUGAAGACUAGAGGACCUCUUGGCAGCAGAGAAAUUACGUUUGCUAUGCAUUCUAAGAGACGAAAAGACUUUCGCAGAGAUGCAGAAGAUCACCACAGAGAACGGAAACAGCUUCGGCGUUCUGCUGGUAAUCUCAAAAACAAGAAACAUGCAUGGAAAGGUUGAUGAUGCUUGAUGAGAGACCUACAAGGACUACUGCCGAAUGAAAUCAGAGGUGUACCGCUACCUGUAACCACUUACCUACCAUACCUUGAAUCCCUAUAUUUAAAAGUGAAUUACCUAGGGUCGAUACCCUAGGGGAGAUGACCCAUUUGUCAAAUUUACAUUUUUAUUUUUUUUAAUUUUGAGUGCCAAAGUUGGGAAUUUUUAUGCAGAAAUGGUCUACUCAUAAUACCUUCAAUUUGACAUAUGGGUCAUUCACUUCAUCGUCAUUUCAUUAUGAAAUGACGAAACCUUUAAGGGACAGGGAAUAUGAUUUUGUAUAUUAAUUGUAAAAAUUAGUUAAGUGUGCGAAAAUAAUAAAACUUUAUAUAUGACGAGUG